CCUACCAAGAGAGACCAGGUAGUAGUUACAGUAAGACAAAUAAGGUAGGGUACCCAUCAAGUCUAAACAUCUUCUCUAAGCAAUCAUGUAAGACUUUAUCUUCCCCUCUUGCAUCUCAUCUCCAUUAAUUCAUCGUUUGUUUCUUAUGCUUGCCACAUAAUCCUCUAUCUUGUUGAAGCUUGUAAGAGUCAAUCUCUGGGUAACAUAGUGACAUGGAGCAAGCUCGGUGCUGGAUGUGGAAUAAGCGAAAACAUAAUUUGAGUUCUCGUCUCCAACCAUCAACUCGUCCUUCAUAUGAUGAUUCAUGGGAAGAACAAGCUUUUGCAGAAGAUGCAGGCGGACCUCUAGGUGGGUGUAUAUGGCCCCCGAGAUCUUAUUCUUGCAGCUUUUGUAGAAGAGAAUUCAGGUCCGCUCAAGCUUUAGGGGGUCACAUGAAUGUCCAUAGAAGGGAUAGGGCUAGACUAAAACAGUCUCCAGGCCCUCCCAAUGAAGUUCUUCAUCACGAGAAUCAAAAUCUCUUUCAAAAUACCUGUUCAUCUGUGGGUUUUCAAUAUCCAUCUCAGAUUUGUACCUUGGUUUACAACCCAAACCCUAAUGCUGAUCCUGGUUUUAUUGCAUCACCAUCUUCACCUUCUAAGUUUUCAACUACACCUAGUCAAGGGAAUUGCGAUGAAAAGAACUUUUUCCCUCCAUUUUCUUCUUCCUCCCUUAAAGAAGAAAAUGACAAGAAGUCCCCGAGAUCUUCACCUUCAUCAUGGCCAAACUCCCCUGCAGAUAGAUGUUACCACAUCUCAGAUCCCAGGAAAGAGGGAGAGAAGAAAUCAAGAAUCCGAGAAUCAGGAUGUAGAGCAAAGGUAGAUUAUGUCAAAACUGAUCUCUCUGUGAGCUUGAAUUUGGUUGUUCGACGAACUUGCCCAACCAUAUCAUCAGAUGGUGAUGAGGAGGAAGCUAUAGGCUGCAAAAGGAGGAGAACCAGUGCAUCAUCAUUACCUUUCUUGGUGAAGUCGAAUUCAGUUGAUAGGCAUCAUGUCCAGUCAGAGGUAAUUGAAAUUAGCUCUUGCUCUAUAGAGGAAUUGGAUCUUGAACUCAGGCUUGGUGACCGGCCUAAGAUAAAGUAGUUGCAAUUGCCAAGUGCCAUGGACAUUAUAUAUUUAUUUACCGGUCUUUUCUUCUUUAUAUUGCUUAAUUCCCUCUUUUGUUGCUUUGAGUUUGAUCACUUGUGGUGUCUCUGAGUGCUUAUGAAUUCACAAGGUGCAUGUAACAAUAACAAGAUAAAUAUGACAGAAAAUCAAGAAAGGCUCAUCUAUAUAUCUUGAAAUGUAGCUUGCUUA